AUGGAUGACCCUUCCGAUGUCGAUUAUGAAAAAGAUGAUAUCAUUUUGAAGAAGAAAUAUGAAGAUUAUCAAAUUGUAAUUUGUCGAGAUGGAAAAUUUGUUGUUACAUUUGAUACGGAAUUAGAUGGGACCGUUGAAAUAGAUGAAACAAUCGCUUAUUUUAAAAUAAAUAAUGAUUUUACUAUUGAAAAGAAUUACAAGCUUCCUUCAUUUGAGGGACCGGAACUCGACAUUAACAACAGCAUGACUGACGAGAAUAAAGUGGAUAGAUGGUCUAUUGAUAUAUCUAAUAUUCACAAAAAGAAUGAUGACGGAUAUUUUAUACUUGUUGCUUUAUCUCGUAUAAAAGAAUAUGUAGAUUCAUUGAGUGAGAAAUUUGAAUAUCCACAAAGUAUAAAACGUAAAUUAAAUAAUUGGUAUACGGAUACAGAUGAUGGUUGCAUGAAACGACUUCUCUCAUCUAUCUAUGAUAAGUAUUUUUUGGUCACAAAAUACAAAAAAGAUAGUCAAUUACUUGAAGUUUAUAAUCUCGUAAAUAUGGAAUUGGAAACUACCGCAAAAAGAUUCGAGAAAGAGGAUGAAUUAUUUAACUUUAAGAAAUACAAUUAUAUUAUUUUCACUAUUAGUAGUUUACAACUUUGUUUUACUCAAGGAAAUAAUAUUAUUAAUUUAUAUUGUAUAGAGAAUGGUUUACAAGUAGCAUCAAAAAAAUUUAAUGAAUUAGAAAGAAUACAUUUAUUGGAGUUUAUUGAUAGUGAUGAAACAUUACUUGUAAUAGGCGAAAGUCCAAAAGAAGACAAAGAUUCAGAAGGUGAAAAAAAGUUGAAAGAUUAUAAUUUGAAUAUUGAUACUAGUUUGGCCAGUACUUCAGGAAAUAUUUUACAAAUAGAUAAUGAUGGAAAAGUUUCGAAAAAGUCGAAGAGGAAAAAAAAUAAAUAUCCUGAAUUUUGUUAUCCAAAUUCCAAACCAAUAAUUGAUGUUAAUGAUAUAGAAUCAUGGGUAUUAGGUGAGCAUGAAAGAAAAAAUUAUACUCUUUAUUAUAAUAAAAGAGGAACUGAAGAAGAAAUUUUACAACUUUUAGUUGGCGAAUCCACCGUUCAAAUUUGGCAUCAAAUAAAAGAUGAUGGCAAAAAUAAAGGUGAUCUUCCUAACAAUGGAAACCCAUUUCUUGAAUAUAUAUGGUCAAAUCGUAUUCCGAUAAAUCAAGAAAGAGACAAAACAAAAUUACGAAUUGAAUAUUUUAAAUGUGGAUCGAAUGAUAGAUCACAUGAAAAAUUGAAUGAUUUUCAUUUAAAGAUAGAUGAAAACAAAGAUAUAAACGAGAAAAGAAAACAAAAGUUUAAAAUGGUAAUGAAAAGAUGUGAUAAAGUAAUUAAACGAGAAAAUAUUAGUGAAAAAUUUCGUGCAAUUAGACACGCUUGCAAAGCACUAGAACAUCUUAAUAAGCGUUAUAAAAAUAAAAGCCUUAUAGAUAAUUACAUCAAAUCAUACAAAUAUAGGGAUAUGAUUACUUACAUCGAGCUUAUAGUCUGGAAAUUUGCUAAGCUUGAGCCACAAAAUUUUAGAUUGUUAGAUAUUCGACACAACAUUAUGAAAAGUUUAAUUCUCAGUGACUGUGAUGAUUUAAUAAAAUAUGUAUUAUUUGGAAAUGAAGAAUCCAUCGGAAAUAAAGUUGUUCAUGACGAACCCAGACAUAUACUACGUAAUAAUUUAUGGCCAAAAAGAAGUUUUUUAAAAGAAGAUGACCUUGACUUUGCCGAAAAAAUAGAUUAUGGGCUAAAAGAAACAAUUAAACCAGAAAAUAAUAUGGAAUUAGCAAUUUAUCAUUGCAAAGACGAUUAUGUCAUAAAGUUAUUUUAUAAAGAAUGUUUUGCAGGUAUAACUCAAGAUUCUGUUGGAUUAUUCCGAAAGAAUACUUAG